CUUUGGAGUGUUCGGUUCGGAAUUGAAAAUUUCGUUCGAAGUUGGGGGCUGCAAACUCGGUGUUGUGUUGGAAAUUAAUUGGAAGAAAACCGGAUUUGCCAGUGUUUUCAGGUUGAACUGAGGCUGUUCUGUGCACUUACGAGGACAGCAAAAAAUAUGGAAAACUCGGUUAAGAAGGUGGCAUUACUUUCGGUUCUGCAGGUGUUGUUGGCUGCUCAGGUGUUUGCAACCGAAAGGUUCGAUGUAAAACCUGCGUUUAUCAAAACAUGCAGAUUUUCCGAUCCAGAUUUCGUAGCCUGCUCCACUGAGUCGGUGCAAGGAUUGUUUGAUAAACUUGUUACAGGGAUCGAAGGUCUGGAGCACGUUGGCACGAUCGACCCGAUGAAGAUCAACAAGAUUCGCAUCCUGCAGGGCGAUGGGCCCGUCAGCGUGAACGCAUCUUUGGGCAAAGUGGUGGUGACCGGUUUCUCCAAUACAAAAAUUUCCACCCAUAGUGUCAGCAGCAAGGACUUCAGCUGGGAAACGCACAUCAGGUUGCCGAAAAUGCGCAUCGAGGGAAGCUACCACAUGCAGGGACGGAUCCUGGUGAUUCCGCUGAACGGCCACGGGAAGUGCUGGUUCGAACCGAGUGACAUGGAUAUCAUCAUGAAGACGACCACCUCGUUGUACGAGCGGGAUAACCACGUGUUCUACAACGUGACCACAUCGAAGGUGGACUACACAAUAUCCGGCCUGAAGCUGAACAUGGGCAACCUGUUCGAGGGCGUCAAAGUGCUCGAAGACAGCACCAACCAGUAUCUGAACGACAAUUGGCGACCGGUGUCCGAAGCCCUGAAGCCCAUUAUCGCCAAAACCAUUGAGGAUAUCCUGCUGGCCAUCAUGCAGAACAUCUUCCAUCAGAUACCGGCCGAGUACUUUGUGGCUGAUUUGCCACGAUCGGGCUAAGGAGGGCGCAAGGUAAGAUUAUCAACUUUGUGUAUCGAAAGUAAAACACCAUUUCUGUAAUCAUUUCUUGUAUAUAAAUUUCCAUCGUCGGUAAACCCCAAAACCAAUGAAGUUAUUCAUCCAAAAGCCAUGAAUUUUGUCAUCAACUGCAAUGAAUUUUCUUACGUGAAUCCAACGAAAAGACUGAAUAUCCGCCGAUUGAAUCGUUGUUGUUCCUCAUGGCGAGCUUCUCCGUACGGAAUCGGUUCACACAUUUGGGAAGUUACGUUCAUCAUCGUUUCACCCGUACGCGCGCGGUACUAUCGACGGCUCACUCUGGUCAGGCAGUGGCUGUUUGUUGUGCAGUGGCGAACGUGAGUGGUCUAGUGAGGGAAUACGCGCUCCAAUGCUGGUCGCCUGUUAAUUUCAGAUGAUUUCGAUUUCACUUUUGCGUUCAGCGGAGAACGGCUUUGGAGGCCAUUUUCAUGGCCGUUCACCCUCCUACUGCGUCUGCGAUGACCGAACGAUGUUGACGACGAUGAUGUUUUGAUAAAUUUGGGUGGUUACAAUGCACUUGUUUUAGAAGCAC